GAGGUGGAAUCUGUCUCCUUCAACUCGGGUCACUUAUCAGUCAUCCUCCCAGGUCACAGAAGUCUUGCGGGGAGUGGCACACCCCAUGCUCAGCAUGGCCACGUUCACACAGCAGACCCUCAAGGGCCCCAUGCAGGUGCCAAGAAAGGGCUUUCCUCCUGGAGGGUGUCUGACUGUCAGCGAGGAGAAUGUUUCUUGGGAGACUUGCCCCAUAUUUCAUCACCUGCCAUUGCCUAAACUUGGCACCAGCAAGGAGAAUGCCCCUCCACACGUGGACCAGAGUCUCCCUUCGGGGCACUGUUGGCAAAGGGAAAGACGAUCAUUCAUUUGGUGGGCUGUCCCACGUGUUGCAGGACAUGUGGCAGCCUUGGACCCUGUCCACGAAAAAUCGUAGCACCCCACCCCCUCCAUCCCCUUGUCAACCUGGAGAACUCCUGUGUGCUACUGAGGUGUCCAGUUCUGUUCCACACUGCCCCUUCCCAAGGCCAUUAGCUUACUGUUGUUAAGAUUUAGCUUCUGGCCCAGGGGCAGGGUCCCUGCCUAUGCAGCAGGGCAUCACGGAGGGGUCCUGGAAUAAAAUUGCACCUUGAUAGCUGGGGAGAAGGGGGCCGUGUUUGGUGGGGACACGUUAGCAGCAUUGGGCUAACUGGUAUAAAAUACCCAGUAGCCAGGCCAGAAGUCACCAGUUCUUGCUCUCUUCCCGCAUUCCCUCGGGGUCUGUGGGCUGCUCAUGUUGGCUGACCCUCCCAGGGGUAUCCCAGAUCCCUCCACUCCACUCCCACCGCAGCCACUGGUCGAGCCACCAUCCUCCUGUCUGCACUGGUACAGUGGCUCCUUGCCUCCCUGCCUCCCUCCCCCGGUUCCAUUCCAUGUUCCUUGGCAUUCUGAGGGAUCCUCUCCAUGUGGACAUGGGACCCUCUCACCUGCCUUUGUAACACCCUUCUCAUUGCAUUCAGACUGCAGUCACAGUGUAGGUGGCCAUAUGGUCCUGUGUGACCUGGCCCUGCCGGCCUUUCUAAUCUCCCCACCACCCACACUGGCCCGCUUCUUGCCCUUUGACCAGGCCAAGCCUGUUUGUACCUCAUGGCAUUUGCUUUCACUGUUCUCUCCCAGGUGUGCUUUUUGUCCAUAUUUUCCCAAGUCUGGUUCCUUCUCAAUUAUUUAGAUCUAGUGCAAAUGUCAGCUUGUCUGACAACCCAGUCCAAAGCAGUACCUCUUCAUAUUCAUUGGGAUUCUGGCUUAGCUGUUGAAACAAAGGUCAGGAAACAAGACAGUAGAUUAUUCCUGCGUAUUGCGUGAUGGUCUGUGUUCAAGCUGUCCAAGAUAUGCCUGGAGGCAUGUUGGUCUGGGACCCAGACACUUUUUCUCUUUUCUCUCUUGUUCUCAAUACAUGGUUUCAGUUUUGCGGUCUAAGGUGGCUGCUGUUGCUCCUGCCACCACAUCCCUAUUCCAGGCAAUAGGAAAGGAGAUUGCUUGGCCUAAAAUGGACCACUCAUUAAAUUAACUACUCAAUAAAACUUGGUCAUGAGGCCAUACGGUGGCAAUGGAAGCUCGGAAAAUAGCCAUCAUCCUGGGAAGCCAUAUGUAAGGUAAAAUCCAUGGGCCCCAGUACUAAAGGGUAGGAGUGGGUAUUGAGGACCCUGGUAGUCUCUACUGUGUCACGCAUUCAUUGUUUGGUCCCACUCCUCCGUUAACAUGGUUUUCAUGCUGGCUGCCUGGCUGGUGGAAGAAUGCAUGAAGAAUGCAUCCUUUCUUUGGACCUACUAUGUGUGUUGGGCAUAUGUUCUUUUUCCCUGUUGGUUUGGCCUCAAGUUGCAGGUGGGGAUGUGACCCCAGAGCCAGAGACUGGCCUGUUGAGGAGAAGGACGGAGGAGUUGGUGCCCCAGGUCUCCGCCCAUCUGCUUUGGUCUCCUGUCCCUUUCAGCCAGAGGCAGCGCUUGUGUUCCGUGGCUUGAAACAGUAGCUGGGAGGCCCUGUGUCCCCUGCAGCCCUCACCCCGGGCCUCUUGGUGCUCAGGGGUAGCCUUAGUGACAGCACAGACAUGGGUGCCCAUGGCAUUUGAGGGGUAGCUUUAGUGACAGCAUAGACAUGGGUGCCCAUGGCAUUUGAGGGCAUUUGCCCAUGGCAACAGGGUGCAAGGACCCAGCGACCCGGCCUGCUCCUUGCUGAAUGGGAGACCUGUGCUGUUAGAGUGUGAACAGAAUACCUCUUUCUAAUUUUUUUAAAACUUACUGACGUGUAAAUCAGUAUUAGAAAAGUCGCAGACCAUAGACUCAAUGAAUUUUGCCACAGUGAGCACACCUGUGUUACCCACCCCCCCACCACCACCAUCAAGCACUAGAAGCUGGAAUCCCCCCCCCGCCCCCACUAUGCCCUCCAUCCUCCACAAAGGUGACCCUCACCUGGGUCGGUGUGUGGCUCAGGCCGCACACAUGCACUCGUAGCUAGCCCCACUUGGCCCCAUACCCAUGAGGCCCUGUCAUGUCGCCGACAUAGGAGUGGCCUGUUCUUUCUCUUUCUGUUCUGCUUGUAUGAGUGGCACCACGUACGUGUGCGUACUGCUGAGGGCAGGCAUCUGGGCCAUUGCUAGCCCUGGGCAGUUACAAUGUACCCAGAAGUGGAGAUUCCAGGUCAUAAGGCUUCAUCUCUUCUGGUCAUUAUUUUUAACACUGGUGUCUGUUAUGUCCUGAUGCCCAGGCCACGGCAGGCUUGCCUGCCCUGCACCCCCCUGAGUUCCCCAAGGAAGUCCCUGUUGCUGUCACUGUGGACCCAGCUCUGGUCCAGUCCCUGAGAGUCCAGCGACCUGGGAGCCUGUCUGGUCCAGGGGGCUCCUAAGGCCCCACACCACCAGCUCUCCUGUCUUCAAGGCUGGACUCUUCACCUCUCAUUCAGAGGCUCUUGGAUGUGGGUUCCCCUGCUGGCUCCCAUGUCUCCUGGCAUCCCCCCCAUCAUUGCCUUUGCAGACACAGCUCCCUCUGCCAGGGAGGGCCCCUUAUGCCAUGUCUCUCCUCCCCCUUUCCACUUGGAGACCUCCUGUGCAUCUUCCUGGCACAAUGCAUGUCCCCCUAAUUUGUGUCUCCCUUUCCAGGGAGGCAGCAGAGGAUGGCAAGGGGUGUGGUCUGCCUGAGGUGCACACGGUGCCCCACUCUGGCGCUCAGUGGCUGCGGGAUUGCAAACCGGCCGGCUGCUGGCAGAAUGGACAUCCUGGAAGAGGUGAUUUGGGCCAACGGGAGCACAGCCUUGCCCCCACCCGUGGCACCCAACAUCAGCGUGCCACAUCGCUGUCUGCUGCUGCUCUACAAGGAUAUCGGAACCUCCAGGGUCCGGUACUGGGACCUCUUGCUGCUCAUCCCCAAUGUGCUCUUCUUCAUCUUCCUGCUCUGGAAGCUUCCGUUUGCUCGGGCCAAGAUCCGUGUCACCUCCAGCCCCAUUUUUAUCACCUUCUAUAUCCUGGUGUUUGUGGUGGCGCUGGUGGGCAUUGCCCGAGCCGUGGUGUCCAUGACGGUUAGCACCUCGGAUGCUGCAACUGUUGCUGAUAAGAUCCUGUGGGAGAUUACCCGCUUCUUCCUGUUGGCCAUCGAGCUGAGUGUGGUCAUCCUGGGCCUUGCCUUUGGUCACCUGGAGAGCAAGUCAAGCAUCAAACGGGUGCUGGCCAUCACCACGGUGCUGUCCCUGGCCUACUCGGUCACCCAGGGGACUCUGGAAAUCCUGUACCCUGACGCCCACCUGUCGGCCGAGGACUUCAACAUCUACGGGCAUGGGGGCCGCCAGUUCUGGCUGGUCAGCUCCUGCUUCUUCUUCCUGGUCUACUCUCUGGUAGUCGUGCUCCCCAAGACCCCACUGAAGGAGCGCAUCUCCCUGCCUUCACGAAGGAGCUUCUAUGUGUACGCGGGCAUCCUGGCCUUACUCAACCUGCUACAGGGGCUGGGAAGUGCGCUGCUCUGUGCGGACAUCAUCGAGGGGCUCUGCUGUGUAGAUGCCACCACAUUUCUCUACUUCAGCUUCUUUGCGCCCCUCAUCUACGUGGCCUUCCUGCGAGGCUUCUUUGGCUCGGAGCCCAAGAUCCUCUUCUCCUACAAAUGCCAAGUAGAUGAGACGGAAGAACCAGAUGUGCACCUGCCCCAGCCCUACGCUGUGGCCCGGCGGGAAGGCCUGGAGGCGGCAGGAGCCGCCAGCACGCAGUUUGACUCAGCCGGUGGGGUGGCCUACCUGGAUGACAUCGCUUCCAUGCCCUGCCACACGGGUAGCAUCAACAGCACAGACAGUGAGCGCUGGAAGGCCAUCAAUGCCUGAGUAUGGCCACCGUGGCCCAGAAGGCCUAGUGGGGCCCAUGGAGGGCAGGUUGGAGAGAAGACUAGGGAGUGCCAAGUCCCUGGUGGGGAGGAGGACGAGGUCAUGGGACCUUGUGUGGGCAGCAGCCCCAGGCAGGCCCUGUCUCGCCCUCUGUGCCCCCAGUUGCUUUUGGCCACCUCUGCUCUAGCUGGGGGCUGCCUCCCCCUCCCACCUGCUCUCUCCCUGUUCCGCUGGCCCAGACUCUGAUCUCUCAGGGGCAGGUCUGGCUGGCUGGGGGCACCUCCUUUCUCCAAAGCCUGGGCACCAGGACCAGUCUGGCUCUUCUCAUCCCUCUGCCUCUUCCCCAUUGCGCUUUGGCCUCCUCAAAGCCCACUCCGGCAGGUGGACAGAAGUGUGUAUAUUUUCUGGAUCUAUUUUUUAAUAAAAAAACAAAAGGAA